UGGCCAUCUGUCGAAGCGAUCGGCCAUAGACAUUAACGUCGGUCGGAUUAGAAAAUGUCGGGGAAGUAUUAUUUUGUUAUUGUUGGGCAUUAUGACAAUCCUGUUUUUGAAAUGGAAUUUUCUCCGCCUAGCAGAUCGGAGGGAAAGGUAACUUUUUGGAGCGCGGGAGACGUCAACAUCGACGCUCAACCCAGUAUCUUAAGAAUGAGAUUUUUAAUGCUUCAUGAUACAAAGAAUGAAGAUGGAAUAAAGAAUUUUUUCAUUGAAAUAUAUGAAUUAUAUAUAAAGCACGCUAUGAACCCUUUUUAUGAACAUAAUUCUCCAAUUAAAUCUGCUGUAUUUGAAAAGAAAACUCAGUUUUUUGGAAGAAAAUAUUUGACAGGUUAAAUUGUAAAAAAUAUUGUGUAAAUAAUUUUUGAAUGUAAAAUUGUAUAAUAAUAAAAGAAUAGUCUGUAGAUUUUAUUUAUUAUUAUUUCACAAAGAAUUCAGGUUACAUCUUU